AUGAUUCCUUGCGAUCAAACACAUAUGAACGCUAGAGACGCAGCAGUCAAACCUAUUGAAGAACUUGCUAACUACUUCAAAGUGGACUUGAAAACUGGUCUCAGCCAUAUUGAAGCUCAACACCGACUCAAACUGUGUGGUCCAAAUGAGUUGAAACAUCCAGACCCAGAUCCUUUAUAUAAGAAGUACCUUGAACAAUUCAAAGAACCUAUGAUACUGUUACUACUUUCAUCUGCUUGUAUUAGUCUUAUUAUGAAGCAAUAUGAUGAUACUAUUAGCAUCACUGUUGCAGUCUUAAUAGUGGUUACUGUCGCAUUCAUUCAAGGCUACAGGUCAGAAAAAGUUCUAGAAGCUUUGCAAAAAUUGAUGCCCCCAAAAUGUAGCUGUUUACGUAAUGGAGAAAUACAUACAUUUCUAGCUUCAUAUCUCGUUCCUGGUGAUAUCGUCUGUUUAUCGGUGGGCGAUCGUCUUCCAGCAGAUUUGAGGCUUUUUGAUCUGAAUGAUUUACGCGUGGACGAGUCUAGUUUGACUGGAGAAACUGAAGCUGUUCCUAAAUCCUCAGAGGUCCUUUGUACACACUUCCCAAUUUCUAAUGCAUCUGAAGUUAUGUUUCCAUUAACACAAACUGGUGAUAAUGAAGCUGUUGAACGUCUACGUGGAUGUCAUGAUUUAAUUAAUAUUGGAUUUAUGGGAACAUUGGUUUGUUCGGGUACUGCAAAAGGUUUAGUUAUCGGAACUGGAGAACAUUCGGAAUUCGGUGAAGUUUUCCGUAUGAUGCAUUUAGAAGAGGCACCACGUACGCCACUUCAGAAGAGUAUGGAUAAAUUAGGAAAGCAUUUAUCUGCUAUCUCUUUGGUUAUUAUUGGUAGUAUAGUGAUUAUUGGCCUGUUUCAAGGACGCCACAUUUUAGAACUGUUAAAUAUUGGCGUAAGUUUGGCAGUCGCUGCAAUCCCUGAAGGCCUUCCAAUUGUAGUAACUGUCACUUUAGCUAUUGGUCAAAUGCGUAUGGCAGCAAGGAAUGCAAUUGUCAGACGACUCCCAGCUGUUGAAACUCUUGGUUGUGUAAAUGUAGUGUGUUCCGAUAAAACUGGGACAAUGACAAAGAAUGAAAUGACUGUAUCACAUAUAGUUACUGGUUCAUUAGAACGGUACACAAUUCCAAUUCAACAAGCCAAUAAGCCCAGUUAUGCUGGUUCUAUGAACAUAGAUUUGAAUACUAGUCAUUCAACUGUAUCUACUGCUAUCACUGCUACUAAAAAUAUGUCUACAACUAGUAGUAGUAGUAGUACUACAAAUAUUAAAAUCAAUGAUGUCUCAUCAUCAAACAAAUUAGUACCGAAUCAUAUUGAUGUUGAUCAUCAGAUGCCGACUAAUGGUAGAUCAGCUUCAUUUUCUGAAUUGCACACACCAUAUUAUUAUCCUCCUUCUUUGGAUAGUAUAAUACAGAUUGGUUGUAUUUGUAAUAAUGCUGUAAUUCGAGAUGAUCAGUUAUUCGGUCAACCUACAGAAGGUGCACUUCUAAGACUGGCUGCUCAGUUUCAUGCACUAGAUGAACGUGCAUUUUAUACUCGUUUACAAGAAUGGCCAUUUAGUUCCGAGUCAAAACUUAUGAUUGUUAAAUGUGUUCGAAACAAUCAAUCAUCGAUUUCUGAUAAACCAGUUUACUUUGCUAAAGGAGCUAUAGACCAAUUGCUUGAUCGUUGUGCUUUUACAUCGCUUUCAAACAAUUCUACAAUUUCAAUGCAGUCAUCACCAGCUGAUAGUCAUUCAUCUGCUCUAUCGAAUCGUUGUUCUAAUAAUAAUUCUAUAAAGCCAAUGGAUUCAGAGACUAGAAAAGCAAUACUCAAUGAAGCAUCUAUACUUGGUAAUUUAGGCUUACGUGUAUUAGCAUUGGCUAAAGGUAUUGACUCUGAGCAAAUGAUUUUCCAUGGGCUAGUUGGUUUAAUUGAUCCUCCGCGUCCUGGUGUAGAUGCCUGCAUUCGAAUAUUAUCUGAAUCUGGUGUACGUGUGAUUAUGAUAACUGGUGACGCCAAAGAAACUGCAUGUACAAUUGGGUCUCGUUUAUCUCUUUAUCGCCCUGGUGAUCUAUGCCUUAGUGGUGAAGACGUAGAACGAAUAAGUGUUGAACAAUUAACGUCUGUUGUACGUAAUGUUACCGUAUUUUAUCGAUCGGGACCAAAACAUAAGUGCAAAAUUGUCAAAGCCCUGCAACAAUCCAAUUUAGUUGUUGCAAUGACUGGUGACGGUGUGAAUGAUGCGAUCGCAUUAAAAUCAUCCGAUAUCGGUAUUGCAAUGGGUCGUACAGGGACUGAUGUAUGUCGUGAAGCUGCUGAUAUUGUUUUAUUAGAUGAUAAUUUUACCACAAUUUUAGCUGCAAUGGAAGAAGGCAAAGCAUUAUUUCAUAAUAUUAGAAAUUUCAUCGGAUUUCAAUUGAGCACAUCUAUAGCUGCUCUAGCCUUAAUUGCUUUAUCCACAUUACUUUCACUACCAAGUCCAUUGAAUGCUAUGCAAAUUCUUUUUAUUAAUAUACUAAUGGAUGGUCCACCUGCUCAAAGUUUAGGCGUUGAACCACCAGAUCCUCAUGUAGUUAGACAACCUCCUCGAAGAGCGAAUGAUUCUAUUUUAGAUGGGCGUUUAAUGUUCAAUGUAUUGACAGCUUCAUCACUGAUUGUCUCUGGCACUUUAUGGAUUUUCUUUAGAGAAUUAUCCGAUAAUAAAGUUACACCUCGUGAUACAACAAUGACUUUUACAUGUUUCGUUUUAUUUGACAUGUUCAAUGCGUUGAGUUUUCGAUCACAGAAUAAAUCAAUCUUCUCACUGGGAUUCUUCUCUAAUCGUUUAUUUGUACUAGCUGUUGGCUUAUCAUUAUUCGGUCAGUUAUUGGUCAUUUAUUUCCCACCAUUACAAGCUGUCUUUCAAACUGAAGCAUUGACAUUAAAAGAUUUAGUUUUAUUAGUCUGUUUAACGUCAUCGGUGUUUUUCAUGUCUGAAUUGCGUAAACUUGUGCGCAUACGUCAAGAUGUCUAUUUCUGGGCUACAUAUUUUCUAUCUUAUAUGAAAUUGCCAAGACGUGUAAAAAUGGAUGGCAAUAUGGUAUGA